GCCCCGACAGUUCUGUAUCCUGUGUAGGGGAGACAGAACUUUUCCUCUCCCCUCUUAGGGUCUCCGGCAGGGUCUGAGGAUUAAGUCAACAUAAAACAGAUUAACAAGAGAAAAGCACACCCAUUUUAUUUUUACAUGGACAUGGGAGACCUCACAGGACAACGGAGACCCUGAGGCGGUCAGGCCUAAGUGCUUCCACGUGAGGUUGAGCAAAGGGUUGCAAUUGUGAAAGAGUAACUAAAACAUACGGGGAGGCCGAGGAAGAUAAAGUUGGUUUGUACAGAUGGCUCUGGCCCAGGCUCUGGCUCUGGUGAUAAGAAUGUCCUUGUGAUACAGGGAGGCAUUUUCCAUGUGAGUGCUUAGCUCUGCUCCCAGGGGGAAAAGGGGAGGUCAGAGCACCCUCCUGCGUCUGCUGUCUUCCAGGUGCCUUCCGCUGAGAACGGUCCUUGUGCUGCGUGUGCUCUGAGGGCCAGCUCUGCCGCCCCCACUUUCUUUGCCCUCAGCACCAGCUACCUUCCCGUGAGAAACUAGUCCUCACGGCUGUCAAGUAAACCCCUUUCACCUUUUCCUCAUAUUGCAGAAGUAAUUAUUUGCAUUUUAGAAAUUAGGAACAUGAAGGUAAAAAGAAAAAAGUUGAAGUCACUCCUCAUGCCGAGGGUGGGAGGUGUGGCCAGUCCCCACUCUGGGACUGUGUGAGGAGCCGGUGUGGAGCAGAUGCCUCCUGGUGCUCUUGCACCCGCUCUCAUGAUCGUGCUCAUGGGCUCUUUCCAGUUUUCCCCUGUUCUAAACCUGACUGAUGAAUGUUGUUUUUCUGCACGAAGCAUUUCCUGAGAUUGCAUGUUCCCUCAGCAGCUUCUGGGGAAGCAGAGCUAAGCUGGUCGGGGGGCCGCGAGUGUGUGCUAGGCUGGUCAGCUGUGUUGCCAAAUCCUGCAAGUUUAACCUGAACUGUUCAAUCUAACCCCUGGCGAUUGGGGGGCUUGCUAGGGCCUGUGAGAGGGGAAAUAUGUCCUGAGAGGGGUGUGGGAGGGGCCAAGUGUCGGAAUUUGUCACAUAGCUGUGCUCAGAUUCGUUCAUUCAUGUGUUCCCCUGCCUGCCUGCCGGUUCUCCGGGAGCACCUGCCUGUUGGGUCUGGGAACGGCCAGGGGCGGGGAGGAUGGACCAGCUAAGCCAAGACAUGGUGGAGUGGCGGGUAGGAAGAGGAAGGAAGCCAGGCAAGGGGGUGGACAGGAUGGGGGGCUCUGAGGAGGUGACCCUUGUCUCAGCCCUGGAGUCCAGUGGAGGCAGCUGGGAGGAUCGGAGGAGGACAGCUCCGGGCAGGGGAGGGGCCCCAGCACUGUUGCCUUCAGUGCUUGCCCCUUGCCAGCUGCCUGAGUUUCUUGGGAGUCAUUGUAGCCCUGUGCCGGGCACCCACAUGCAGAGUAAGUCCUGGCUGCUGUUCAGGUGCUGCAGGGGACCCUCAGGGCUGGCCCCGCCUGCUUUGUGAGCUUAGUCUGCCCCCCCUACUGGCGGAGCCUCUCCAUGAGGCAGGGGCUCUAGUGUUGGGAGCAGCUCCUGGCUCUUGGGGAGAGCCCUGUGCCUGUGGGGGGUCAGGUGACGGGGUGGGGCAGGGAGAAAAGUGCCCACCAGCCCUGCCUCUGUGUCCUCGUGGCAGUGUGGGACUAGUUUCGUUCAUUCCUUUAGGCUGUAAUAAGGAUGCAGUUCGUGGAGCUGCAUUUUAUGAGCCGGGUCUGCAGAGGUGAAUCCUGUAAUUAGCCGGGCCAGAUGCUGUUGCUCUCAUUUCACAGAGGGAGAAGCUGAGGAUGCUCUUAGGGCCUCGAGGGGGCAGAGCUUCUGGGACCCGAGCUGGUGGAAGCUGACCUCAAGCCUCUCGGGGCCUCUCUUUUCUCAGGGACCCAGACAUGGAGCUGCGGGAAGAGGCCUGGUCUCCAGGACCACUGGACUCUGAGGACCAGCAGAUGGCCAGUCACGAGAACCCAGUGGACAUCCUCAUCAUGGAUGAUGACGACGUCCCCAGCUGGCCUCCGACCAAGCUAUCCCCGCCUCAGUCCACACCACCGGCCGGCCCCCCACCUCGGCCGCGGCCGCCCGCCCCCUACAUCUGCAACGAGUGCGGCAAGAGCUUCAGCCACUGGUCGAAGCUGACGCGGCACCAGCGCACGCACACGGGCGAGCGGCCCAACGCCUGCAGCGACUGCGGCAAGACCUUCUCGCAGAGCUCGCACCUGGUGCAGCACCGGCGCAUCCACACGGGCGAGAAGCCCUAUGCCUGCUCGGAGUGCGGCAAGCGCUUCAGCUGGAGCUCCAACCUCAUGCAGCACCAGCGCAUCCACACGGGAGAGAAGCCCUACACCUGCCCCGACUGCGGCCGCAGCUUCACGCAGAGCAAGAGCCUGGCCAAGCACCGGCGCUCUCACAGCGGCCUCAAGCCCUUCGUGUGCCCGCGCUGUGGCCGUGGCUUCAGCCAGCCCAAGAGCCUGGCGCGCCACUUGCGGCUGCACCCGGAGCUGUCGGGGCCCGGGGUGGCAGCCAAGGUGCUGGCGGCCAGUGUCCGCCGGGCCAAGGCGCCCGAGGAGGCGGCGGCUGCGGACGGCGAGAUCGCCAUCCCAGUGGGCGACGGCGAGGGCAUUAUCGUGGUGGGCGCACCGGGCGAGGGGGCCACGGCGGCCGUAGCCAUGGCAGGCGCAGGGGCCAAGGUGGCGGGGCCCCGGUCGCGGCGCGCCCCUGCCCCCAAGCCGUACGUGUGCAUGGAAUGUGGAAAGGGCUUUGGGCACGGGGCAGGGCUCCUGGCUCACCAGCGGGCCCAGCACGGGGACGGGCUAGGGGCGGCGGGGGGCGAGGAGCCCGCCCACAUCUGCGUGGAGUGCGGGGAGGGCUUCGUGCAGGGCGCUGCGCUCCGGAGACACAAGAAGAUCCACGCCGUGGGUGCGCCCUCGGUCUGCAGCAACUGCGGACAGAGCUACUACCCGGCUGGGGGGGAGGAGGAGGACGACGACGACGACGCAGCCGGCGGGCGGUGCGCGGAGUGCCGGGGCGGGGAGGGCCGGUAGGGGCGGGGGAGCCCGGGGGGGUUGGGGCAGGGCCCCUCGGGCUUGGCUGGAACGACGAUGUCCAAGAUCCAGAGAUGGACAGGGGGUGGGACGGACCUCAGCAUCCUCAACUCCCCCCAUCCCCCGACGCUGUCCACCUGGUGCACUGGGGUCUGGUGGGUUAUUAGGACAAGUUCACUUCGCCUCAAGACUAUGCCAGCCCCUCCUGAGCCCUGCCCUACAGCCUGGCCGGCCUCCCUAGGUUCACAGCCGGGAGCCAGAGACGAUGUGAGAACUGUAGAGACCAGAGGCCAUUUCCCCCUUUUCUUCCACCACCCGGUGGGUGGAGGUGUUGCAAGGAAUGGAGAGAAAUGGGGCCUUUUGCAUUUAGAGGGGUCUCCGAGAGGGAAGGGAAGUAGCGGCCCUUUUCUCUUUUAGAAUUUUCUUUUAAUCAUACCCACCUUCCUGGCCCCUCUCAUCCAUUAUUUUUUCUGCCCUGUGGGUUCCAUCUUUUUUUUUUUUUCUAGCCGAAGUCGUUCCUCCCCCUCCUGGAUUUGGGUAGCGGAGGAGUGAAGCAGAACUAGCCCCUGCUCCAAACGCAGCCCUCCUCCGAGGGCGCGUGCCCGUCUCUAUUCCCUGGCCUGGCGCGGUGGACGAGGGUGCGGGGGCAAUAAAGCGCACUGUUCAGCGGU